ACCGUAGACUACAGAAAUAGCGUACACCCUAUAUAUAUCUAUACCGCACACGAUGAACACGUAUAGCCCAGGUUUGGAGCGCAAUUGUGAGCAUUUGGCCAAAGCCUUGCAGUCUUUAGAUCGCAAAACCGCCUCUAUUCGCCGCAGUACCAACAAAGUAAUAUCCAUCAAGGAUAUUAACAAAGAACGUGAACGAGUCAAACACACAACGAGCACGGCGAACAGCUCCGAUGUUCACGUCAUCCAAGAUCAACUUCGACAGGUGGAACGCCUAAUUAAACUGGACCCUAAUCUUCAGAUGGGAGGAGUGAAACUGAUGAAUGAUGCCAAAAUCACCCUGAACGCCUACCAGAGCGCGUGUGAUAACUUCUACAAACGAUGCAUCGCCGUGGAGGAAAGUUCACGCGAAAAGCGAAAUCAGAAAACGUUUUCCUCACACGAUGGUCGACCCUACCGCGAGGACGACGAUGCCGCCUUGCCCCUCUUGAAGGAAGGCUCAGCCACGACCGCCAAGAUGGCCUUUGAGGAUACGUUAUAUCAAGAAAUCAUGGCGGAAAAGAAUAGGGAAACACAAGAAAUCGCCGACAGCGUCAAGGACAUCCACGAGAUAUUUGUACAUAUCAAUGAAAUGGUAGAGGAGCAGGGUGGUCAACUGGAGACGGUGAACACGAAUGUAUCCAUGGCAGAGCGGGCGACCUUCAACGCGAAUGAGAACCUUCGUCGGGCUCAUCAGUACCAAGAAAACUCUUGCAAUAAAAAAAUUCUUAUGCUAUUUGUUAUAAUUAUGUUCGCUAUAACAUUUAUCGCGCUCAUUUUGUCGUAAGAGUCCUCUGCGAUAUGGGAAGGGUAUGGGUCCUUUUAGAAACUUUUUAUAUUGAUACUAUUUCUAAAUAAAGGAUUAAACUGGUGUUUACUUUCACAAUUUCAGAUGGUGUGAUACAAAUUAGAAAUAUACUUCUUUUGGAUUCCGAAUAUGUCGAUUGGUUGUUCUUAUAAAUAUGCUUUCACUUAUGACACUUUCAGUAAACAUACCUUGGAUUCCUCAAC